GAUCAUCAGUAAGUUCAACCCAUAAAUAUUUUUUAAGUAAUUGGUGUGGUCAGGGUAAAGGAGUUCCUCUAAAAGUUCCUUUUGCUCCUUUUAUUUGUGCCUUUUAUUUAAUAGAACCGAUCUGCUCUGUAGGAUCAUUUGCAACAACUCAAGUUUAAACGGAACAUUUCAACCUAAAAAUGUCUCGCAAGCAGAUUCUGGGUUUUCAUCGAACCUUUCAGUGUAACCCCCAUAUCUCCUGUGUUGGAUAUGGUAUUGUUAGGUUUGGGGUUGCGUACCAUGCAAGGAGCUCUAUAAACACAAUCAACAGCCAUCACGUUUGGAGCUAAUGUCCUGGUGUGAGGUGGUCAGGUGAGGGAAGAAGCUGGGUUUAGUUCAGAUUGACUUAAAGACCGGGUGCAACCUUCCAUUGAUAAUCCAAAUCAUGUAGCAUGUGAGUUGUUCUAAAAAUAAAGAUAAGUUAUAUACAUGUACGUUUCUGAUUUGAAUUUAAAGGCUGUUGACAGUAAAUGUAUGAGCCAAGAAUGUAUUGAGUUGCCUUCAGGAGGCCAUCCAUCUCUGAGAUUUCUGCCUCCUCGCGAAACCAUAAUAUUGUCAAAGUUAGAGCGUCUCAAAUGACACCUUUCCAAACCCGAAGGAUAUUGCGAAAGACUAUUUACAAACAGGCGGAAGAACAAUCAGACACUAUGCCAAAAACUAUUUACAAAUGCAACGCGUUUGGACUUUAAAUUGAAACAUAAACAUUUAAAUAUACUGAAACUGCUUGAACAUACCUGUAUGGCUGAACACUUUAUAAUCACAUACAGCCCACAUUUAACACACUAAUGCCAAAAGCGUUGCGAUUUUUUGCAACCCUGAAAGUGAAAGCGUCUAUAAACCAGAUCAAACCAGAACACUUUGCUCAGUUGAACAACUGUUAUUUUUUUCUUGGAAAAGAAUGAAGAUGGGUAAUAAUAAUGUGUAUCACCGUUUGAUAAUGAUGCUCCUUGCGCUUACAAAUCAGUUCAGGAGUUUUAUGGACGACCGACCGGAGUUAACUCAGGAUUUGAACACAAGAGAGCAUCUGCAGAAAGGACUGGCAUGCAAGCAGGCAGGGUAUUUGGAUGCCUUGAUUUUGGAGGACUUGAAUCAGUUGACAGAACUAGAGGAACAGUCUGGUGGUCUGGAAGAAGAACUUCAUAGAUUGAUGAUCGAGAUUUUAAGUUCUCCUCGGAGACACUUGUUGAAGCAUGUUGAUGAACUACAGAAUCAAUUGAAAAAACUGCAAGCAGAAUUGAGAGCGGCCAUCAAAUUCCUGGAGCGUCGGUCACAAGGAAAAUCCCGCAGGAGAAUCUUCAGGAGAAUAAAGUCCAAGCUGAAGCGCAAAGAGAGCCAGGAUAGAAGAUGUCCAUUGCGUUCCCAGUCUUGUCCCAACAUCCCAUCAGAAGGCCUCCUCGAAGACCCUGAAUUUAAUUUCCUCAAGAAGUGGAGAAGCUUGAAUAGAACGAUAGAAUUUAAGGACUCUUUGGAAGACAUGCUCAAAUGGUUUGAUGGCGAUCUUGAACACUUUGAGAUGUCCUGCAGAAGAAUCAUAGACAAACUGGAGAAGACCUGGAACGUUAAUUUCUUCCAGCCUCAGCAGCUACACCCUGGCCGUGGCUGUGGCCGUGGCCCCCGAGGACAAAACAACUCCCCUUUAUCAUCAUCCCGGGCUUCAGGACAGGACCUUAGAUCUGAGUUUCAGCCCAGUAUGUCUGAUUCAUCUAGAGCCAGAGAAACAGCAUCUAAUGCUACCAGCGAGAGCUCAGAUCAGAGCUCAGAUCAGAGUGUAAGCCACCAGGUGGCUUUCAUACUACUUCUGCUGUGUUUGAUCGUUUACAGAUAACAUGCUGUGUUUGAGAUAAGAAAGAAGUGUUUUCAAGCUUCAGAGUUAAACUGCACGGUACCAAACUUAAAUAAUUCAAGAGAGGUCACAAAACAUACAUAAACAGUGGAACUGUUUAUGUAUGCCAGCCGUCAACACUCCCCCACGAACGCAUCCCUUAGGUUGUUUUAUCACAAGGGGCUGCUCCACUAAAGCUUCAAAAGACCUGAUUUAUUUGUAAUUAUGUGCAUUAUGAGCAUUCUCAUCUUUCAUCUACCAAUAACUGUUUGUAGAACGUAGGGAGGGAUACAACCCGACCUCACAGAGAAAGAAUCCUGGCCCGACCAUCACAGGUAGGAAUUCUUAAAGGAUAUGUAGUGACUUUGAACUAAUAUAAUUUGUUCUUUGAACUUCACUAAAUGUCAACUUGAUUAAAUAUCCCUUGUUGUGUAAACCUGUGUCCUAGUUCGGUUAACUUAGAUUUGUUAACGGAUUAAACUGCUUAGUAUAGUUGUUUGGACUUGCAAAUCUAAUUCAACUGAACUAAAACGGUCAGCUGUGUAAACCUUUUGUUUUAGUAUGGUUGAUUUAGAUUUUUUCAUUGAUUUAACUGCUUUGGGUAGUUGUUUGAAGUUGCAACUAUGUCAGCUGAAUUAAAAAGGUAUGUUCAUUUUAAUUAAAUGUAUUAUUUUUUUGAAUUGUUCUAUAAUAACCUAUAAUA